GUUUUAAGCUUUGUAGAUAUCAUAAAUUUAUUCAGUCGAUUUUUUAAUUCGGAGUUGGAUAAGACUAGCCAUUAAAAAUUCUCUUAACUUCUCGAGAUAGGAGUAUUCUUUUAGACUUAAAGGUAUAAUCCAAUCAGCAGAGCGCUCGCUGAGCGUAGACCUCUGCUGAACGCGGCCUAAGUGGUUUGUAUAAUAAUUCGAUCGUGCUCCACUGCGACUCGCGCAGAAUCGAAACCGCCGAGUGAGAAUUUUAGUUGUAACCGGCGACCCGAUAGUGUGAUACUCCUAACAUGGGCGACAACGUGGUGGCCGACGUGCAAAAUCUGACCUUGGCGGAGGAUAAGGCACGAAUAUCCCAACUUUACAUACAAGUCGAAUUUCUCUCGCCUUUUUUUUUUAGUUGAACUAUGCUGACGAGUUUACGUUUUCACGUUUGUAGGACCGUUUACGGCGGUACUAAGUGGACACAUGCUCGGGCGAAGUCGAUCAAGGCACUGAAGAAGAAAUAUGCACCGGAGAAGACUAUAUCGGAGCUUAAUCCUUGGCCUACUUACAUUCAGGACCGGAUUGUAUUAUGGGAUAAAUUGAAAAAAGAGUAUGAGGAUGCAUUAGCAGCAAAGACCCCUGUGAAUAUAACUAUAACUUUGCCGGAUGGUAAGAAGGUGCCUGCAAAGUCUUGGCGUACGACACCUUACGACAUUGCAAAGGGUAUUAGCCAAGGUUUGGCAGACAAUACUGUGAUUGCGAAGGUCAACAAUGAACUGUGGGAUCUGGACAGACCUCUGGAAUUUGACUGCAAAUUGCAGCUCCUAAAGUUUGACGAUUCGGAGGGUCAGCAGGUGUUCUGGCAUUCUAGCGCUCACGUUCUUGGGGAAGCUAUGGAAAGGGUUUACGGUGGCUGUCUCUGUUAUGGGCCUCCUAUCGAGAAUGGAUUCUAUUAUGACAUGUAUUUGGGUGACAAGGGAAUCUCCAACACGGACUUUCCGUUUCUGGAGAGUCUCUAUAAGAACAUAGUUAAGGAGAAACAACCGUUUGAACGGCUGGAAAUGACGAAGGAGGCUCUUCUGGAAAUGUUCAAGUACAACGAGUUUAAGGUGCGGAUUAUAAACGAGAGGAUACACACGCCUACCACCACGGCUUACAGAUGCGGUCCGCUGAUCGACUUGUGCAGAGGACCGCACGUCAGGCACACUGGAAAAAUCAAGGCAAUGAAGAUUACGAAGAACUCGUCCACGUACUGGGAGGGGAACGCUAAUGCGGAAUCGUUGCAGAGAUUGUAUGGGAUUAGUUUUCCUGACAACAAGCAACUGAAGGAGUGGGAGAAGCUACAGGAGGAAGCGGCCAAGCGGGAUCACAGGAAGAUUGGGAAGGAGCAGGAACUGUACUUCUUCCACGAGCUAUCGCCUGGGUCUUGUUUCUUCCAACCACGCGGCGCGUACAUAUACAACACUCUGGUCGAAUUCAUUCGUUCUGAGUAUAGAAAGAGAGGAUUUCAGGAGGUGGUCACCCCGAACAUUUAUAACAGCAAGCUGUGGCAGACCUCGGGACAUUGGCAGCACUACGCAGAGAAUAUGUUUUCUUUUGACGUGGAAAAGGAGACCUACGCACUGAAGCCUAUGAAUUGCCCGGGUCACUGCAUGAUUUUUGACGUUCGAAGCAGAUCCUGGCGUGAACUACCGUUAAGAUGUGCAGAUUUCGGCGUGUUGCAUCGCAAUGAGCUGUCAGGUGCGUUGACGGGUCUCACCAGGGUAAGACGAUUCCAGCAGGACGAUGCGCACAUAUUCUGCUCGGUGGAGCAAAUCAAAGACGAGAUAAGUGCCGCGCUCGACUUUCUCUGGCACGUUUACUCCGUUUUCGGUUUUACGUUCAAUUUAUGCUUAUCCACGCGACCUGAAAAGUUCAUGGGUGACAUAGCGGUCUGGAAUGAGGCCGAGAAAGCAUUGGAGGAGAGUUUAAACGAGUUUGGCCAACCGUGGAGCCUUAAUCCUGAGGACGGUGCAUUCUACGGACCUAAAAUUGACAUAACUAUCAUGGACGCACUUAAAAGAGCUCAUCAGACUGCUACAAUACAAUUGGAUUUCCAAUUGCCCAUUAGGUUCAAUCUGUCUUACGUUAAUGAAGCUGGAGAGAAAACCCGACCGGUUAUCAUCCACAGAGCCAUCCUAGGCUCUGUAGAACGUAUGAUUGCUAUUCUAACUGAAUCUUAUGGUGGUAAAUGGCCGUAUUGGCUCUCACCACGGCAGGCGAUGGUUGUGCCGGUAGCGUCGCAAUUUGACGAUUAUGCUUAUGAGGUGAAACAAAAACUCUGGAACUCUGGCGUUAUGGUCGAAAUCGACACCGACCCGAGUGAUACUUUGAACAAGAAGAUUCGUAAUGCUCAGCUUGCACAAUUUAACUUUAUACUUGUUGUGGGAGAGAAGGAACGUAAUGCUGGCACAGUGAACGUAAGAACGAGAGACAACAUAGUGCACGGUGAAAUGGCAGUGGACGAGUUAAUCGCGAAGUUGAAAGUCCUGAAAGAAACGAGAGAUCGAAACAGCGAUUUAAAGUAAUUGUUUAAUUUUCGGCAAUUUGUAAAGCAAAUUAUUUAUUUUUAGCUAUUGCCCAGUAUCUGGCUAAAUCUGUAAUAAACCUAAUGAUAUGGAUAUCUUUUUUUUAUAGUAAAUUAUUUUUUUUUGUGUUUAAGAAAAUAUAAAUUUUUCACUUUUUUGUACAUCAAUUCUCUCCUUCCAUAGAUAUGAAAAUGAACAGAUAUUAUACAACGGAUAUUACAGAUAUUAUUAAUUUAAUGAAGACGAUAAGAAAUAUAAACUGAUAUGUGAAAACACAACUAAUAGAAAAUAUGUUUUAUUCGGUCAUCGCUAAGACAGAAUGCCCUGAAAGGUCGGAAAGUCUCAGGUUUGAUUCCCGACUGAGGUGUUAUAUUUUUGCAACAGAAUUAUUUACAUUUGGGGGAAAAAGAAAACAGAAUGCUUAUUAUUAUUAUUAUUAUUAUUAUUAUUAUUAUUAUUAUUAUUACUAUUGAAUUUAUUAUCAAUUUUAUAUUGUGAUAUUACUGAUCUUGUUUAUCUUAUUGUGUUUUAAAGAUUGAAAAAUCCAUUCGGCGCACAGUUCACUGUAUUUUAAAAGGUAUAUUAAACAUCAAACCACACAAGUAAAUAUCAGCAGAAAAUCCAGCUAUGACCGAAUAAAGCAUAUUCUUUAUUAAUUAUAAAUUUAUGUGCAUUUUACACUGUGUGUAGCAUUUAUUAUAAAAUGUGAUUAAAUAUUUGGUCUUUGUACACAUUGUGUUUUACUAUAACAGCGAUUAUCAAUUACCAUUUUUACAUAUUGUAUUUUAUAUAUUAUAUGUUCAGCUGUUGCACAAUUCUUGCAAUUAAAAAAAAAAUCAAAAUUA